AUGUCCGUCAUACGCCUGGCCAGCAAGUCGCUGAUUCGGAUAUGUGGACCCGAGGCUACCCCGUUCUUGCAAGGAAUUGUUACCAAUGAUAUUUUGUAAGUUCUUUUUGUUUGUUUUGGUUUUUAGAUAGUACAAUCCAUAUCUGAACCGUUUUUUGUAUCCACGGCAACGAUUUACUAAUGAGGAGUGCGCUUAUGCAGGGAUCUCACUUCUCAGUAUCUUACGGGCAGAUUUUUUGGCAAAAAUUAUAUCUAAUUGACAAAGUACCAAGUAAAGCAUCAAUGUUACCUUUGUUUUUGGGAUUUAGCGAGUAAACAUUUGGAUCCUUGCAACUAAUUUGCUUUUAAUACAUAUUUAUCACUUCUUCUUCUUUUUUAUUUAUUUCUGACUUUGAUUUCUCAAUUUCAGCCUGCUAGAAGCCAAGAAAAUGAUAUACUCCUUCAUCCUCGGCCCUCGCGGUCGAAUAGUCAGCGACCUCUUCAUUUAUUCGCAUGAGCGGGACAACUACUUACUUGAAGUGGACGGAUUUAACCGUGAGAGCUUCGUGAAGACACUCACGCUGUACCGUCUCCGAAAGAAGGCUGAUAUUAUACUUGACGAGACCCCCAUCAACUUUUCGGAAACUCCUGUGGACGGAGCGUUGGAGGAUGCUCGCGCAAAAGGAUUUGGAUAUCGAUUGUUAGGAGAAGUUCAAGCAUCUACAAGCGAAGAAGACUACGUGGAAAGACGAAUGGACUACGGUAUUCCAGAGGGUCGGGAUGAAUUAUAUGAUCAGAUACCGUUGAACGUAAAUGGAGACAUUAUGAAUGGAAUUAGUUUUGAUAAAGGCAAGUGCAUUUCAUUCCUUUUGUUUCAAUUUUUAGGUAUUAUUCGGUUUGAAGAGCCUUCAUGAAUAAUAUAAAAAUUUCAGGUUGCUACGUUGGCCAAGAACUCAUAGCAAGGACACAUCAUACUGGAGUCAUCAGAAAGCGACUAGUACCAUUUACAGCCACGGUGGAGAACUGCGAAGGCUUCAUUCGCACGCUGGACAAUCAACGGAGGGGAAAGGUCAUUCGAUCAAAAGGUUUCAAAGGAAUUGGAUUGGUGCACCUGGAGUCGAUCAAAGAGCCCUUAUUCGUCAAAAAAGAGCCCAUCAAACCAAGAAUACCUGACUGGUGGCCAGAGGAAUUAAGAGAUGCAAAUUAG